UUUCUCAAUUUAUACUGCGGGAAAUUUAUGGCUGAUACUUACACGUACUGCUCCCGCCCAAGGUCGUCUUUGACAACAGCCAAUGGUUGAUCUGGGUGGUCAUCUUCAAGUAGCCACAGGAGACAAUGUAGUACCCUGGGGUUGGAAAGUCGUGAACUUACGAGCGGUAUCAAUCACAGUUGGGAAAGUUUCUGCCACAGAUGGCUGUCCUGGACGGCAAGUCGUCUCUUUUGGUUGACGUUUUGCAGUCUUUUUGCAUUUUUUGGGACUUUCUAGAAGCCACUUGACGUAACCUUUGUCAUUUUCAACAGAAGCAAGAGCCAUGCUCGCUGUGCGAAUCGAAAUGCACAAAUAAUUUUCUUGGUAACCGAGAGGGCAUCUUUACCUGCGGGAAUGCCAAUUAUACUCUGUAACAAGCAAAAGAGAAGUUUAACAGCCAAUAGAAAGGGCGGUGGUCCAAAAGGUGCGUCAGAGAGAUGCAAACCUGGACCCCCACAGUCAACAGGGAGAUGAUUCAAAGCAUUCCGUGAGGUUGCGGUCUCCACAUAGGCCUAGAGCUCAAAGGUGUUGUUCACCAGCCUCCCGAAGUCACAAGCUGCAAAGCACUAUCUCUGUUUACUCGACUCUGAAUGAUCGUGAAUAUGAUACGCUGAGUUAACUAAAGCCGAGUCACUUCGUCCGAAGACAAGAAGAUAGGCCCUACUUUCUGAAGACAUUCUCCACAAGUUGGUUCUACUGGCCUUGCGAACCAUGAAGAUUGAGUGGUUGGUGACUAGAUGGCUUGGAUUGCAACAGAAAGUGUCGUCAUGUUGGGAUGGGGGUCAAGGUGGCCUACAAGUGGACAUGGACGAUGGAACCGAUACCGGUUUGAAACGUCCGCUAGAGUCUGACAGCGAUGACGACGUGCCACUUCUGACACUGGCCAAACGUGCCAGUGGGAGCCCUAGCCCAAUCCGCCUCAAUGAGGAAGCUGCACCCCUGCAGCAAGCCGGUCGGCCCACAUCACUGGCCCGAGCCGACUCCAACCCAACCUGCCACAACUUAUGUCCCAUGUGCUGUCUUAGGAAAAGCUAACCAGAAGCAACUACUAUUGGGGGGAGGUUAUGUGCAAGGGGGGAAUGUUGUGCAAAAAACAGACACUAAAGCACAACCCGGUUUUUCAGGCCGUCUUGGCGCAAGUUGGAAAGGAGUACCCAAGUACGGCUGGAAACGAGGCAUUCAAAAAGGGCCUUAGGGAAGCUGGAAACGGCAAAUGUAAGAAGCUUGCCAAAAUACCGAUCAUAUUCAAUACAUAUACUAGUUUUUUGCUUUUUAAGUUUGUGUAAAUAAUUUUUUUCAGGAAGGGAAUCAUUAAGUACUCAGGGGCAAACUAUAGACUUGUUCUGUCACUCAGUCUUAUACUUCUUUUUAAAGAAAGAACCUUUACAUACAUUUAUUAAGACUACAGUUAAUCUCUGGGCACAUUUUGUUGCAUUAUUUGUACUUUGUUAAAUUAAUGGUCAACUGCCA